CUUGUUCCGUAUCCCCCUUCUCCACAAUAUCCCUGCCGCGCACACCAAGAUCCUCCAUCCAUCGUCAGCAUCAACAAUCCCGUCCCUUAUUAUACCUAAUCCCAACAUGGCUUCGCACAACACCAACUACAAUGAUAUCAAGGCCUCGGCCAAGGAGAACGCUGCCGGCGUCUACGCCUAUAGCCAGCGCCAGAUGGACCGUGUCGUCAGCCAAGAUACCCGCCAGAAAGCCUACGACAGUGCCUGCAAUCUCGCCCAGGAGCAGCCCUUUCUCUUCGCUUUCCUUCUCGUCCAGCUCAUCUUCUCCUUCCUGCCUACCCUCGUCUUCGUCUCCUUCGCUUUUUCGACUGUCGCCUUUGCCUUCGGCGUUGCUGUCGUCUUCUCCCUUUUCUGGAUCGGUGUUGCUCUUCUCGUCCUCGUACCGACCCUCUUCUUUACCUGCUCCAUCGCCGUCCUCGUCUGGGUCUGGGCUGCCGGCAGCUUCAUAGUGGCGAAGCGCUUAUACGAGAUUUCGCCCAUCCGUGCCACGGGCGACCUGGAGGUGCACGUGCCCAACGGGAAGACGUACGCCGUCAUCAAGCACGAGGACGGCGUUGAUGCCCACUCGCACAACUAAAUUGGGUUAUCGUCCAUGAUAUACAUAUGUUCGGCCUUAUGGCAGUUAAGGGUAUGGUAUGGGAUGGCGUCGGAUUUGGCAGGAUACCCGGAAUAUGC